AUGAAAACUUACGGAAGACCGACAUGGCGCGUCUAUGACGAUGAGCGCGCUGCGAAGAAAAGACGCGUGGAUGAUUCCGACGAAGCGGAGGCCAACUUGCAAUAUGCCAUCCGCGAGUCAUCAGCCGCCGUGCUGUCGAGCCCGUCGCGUCGCAACUCUAUCGUGUUGUCGGAAGGCACGCUUGACGAUAUCGACGAUCUCACCACACCACCCUCAUCGCCACCACCACAUCUAUCCCCACCGCCAGCAAACACCCGCAAGCCCACAUUUGCAUUUCUCAAGCGCAAGAAGGAUGCGCCGGCUGGAUCGCCCCUGACAGAAGUCAACUCGAAUAGCGUGCGCUCAUCCGUGGAUCCGCCUAAGCCGAAGGGCCAGAAGCAACCGGUUAUGCGUCAAAUGCAGAUUGAUUUGGGAAAUGACACGCGAAAAGCAUGUGCCACCUGCGGCAUGGAAUAUAUCCCGUCAAAUACGGAAGACGCGGCAUUGCAUAAGAAGUUUCACGAGAUGAACGCGACUGGGAUCGAUUUGGGCAAGGCCUUUAUGCGCGCGAACGCCUCGCGCUGGGUCUACGAAGCGACUCGGUUUGAUGAGGGCUAUGUGGUGAUUGUCGAUCGCAAGGCAUCCCCCAGCGCGAAGAGCCAGGCGAAGAAGGUCCUCGAAGUCGUUAAUAAGGAGCUCUCAUCGCCAGAAAUCGACGAUGAAACCCUUUGGAGUCAAACGGAACCGCCCAAACAUGUACAGGAUGGCCCGACGGAGAAAGUAGAUCGGUACCGGGUCUUUCUGCAUAUGAAGGACAGCCGCUGUGUCGGACUCUGUUUGACCGAACGCAUCUGGGAAUCGCGACCGGUACUGAAGGAACAGAGUGGCGAUGCACUCAACGGUUCCUCUGUCUCCACGCGAGAUGAAAUCCGCCCGGCCAUUGUCGGGGUCUCUCGCAUCUGGACCUCCGGAUCCUCACGGCGAAAGGGAAUCGCUUUAGAUCUCCUGGACUGCGUGGUCAUCAAUUUUAUUUACGGCAUGGAAAUAUCCAAAGCACAAAUCGCAUUUAGCCAGCCCACGGAGAGUGGCAAGCGUCUGGCACAUAAGUUCUUCGAGGACGAGGAGACAUGGCAUGUCUAUAAUGAGCGGUGA